UUUUGAAAGGCGUGCUUUCAGUUGAUCUGUGUGUGUGUGCCGAGAUGUCAUCGCAACCUAAAGAUAAGCUACUAUCAGAAGUUGAUGGCAUUAAAAUAGUAAAGGCGAAUUCUGAGGGCGAACCAGAGGAGGACGAACAGUUUCAAUGCAACCAAGUUACUUACGGUGACGCCAUGUUCUCGUGUUUCGUGGUAGCCCCCCAGGUGGUGAGCGUGUGGAGGGGAACCUGGGGUAUCAUGGAGCUCAACGCCAAACUUUUCCCAUACGCAGAGACCUACAUUUUGGGCAUCGUUAUACACAUAUCUUUCGCGUUAAUUAGAUCUCAACUUUUAGUGCGUUCAAAGAGUAAACCAGCGAACAAUUCUGUGCGGUGGCUGUACGAGCGUAUCUUAUCCCGGAUUUACACAUACAUCUUCAUACUCUCCAACAUAAUGCACUGGAGGGGAGGGUGGGGACUCUUCGAUGCUACCGUCGUCGCUAUUAUACCAGACGACAAAGAUCCACAUAGGCCUGUUGUAAUCGCCGCUUUAGUAAUAUUAAUCUACUUGGCCGCGACAAUACUGCGUUCCUCUAAGAACAUCCUCGCUUCACCGUACUUCCUUGUGACAGAUGGUAAAGAAGCUACAUACAUCUUCACCACGAGAUUCCAAAGUAAAGAAUACUGAAUCGAACAAAUUCUUUCGACACCGAUCAUGUUGGACAAAAAGGAGGUUCUAAAUCGGAUCCGAAGCGAGCAGUUCUUGGAGCAAG